GUGAGACAUCCCAGAAAGCAUCAGUGUGGCAGUGAUCGUCUGCGCAAAAGAGGAAAUCAUGGAGAAAGAGGAAGAGACAAUGAGAUGAGAAGCGCAUAAUAAGAUAACGAAGAUGAGAACGGUCUCUCUAGUGGUGUGGUUUGCUCAGCUUCUAAUAGCUUGGGCUCUCUAUGACAAUCCACUGACCACAGGUGGCCUGGAAAAAGUUACUACAACAAACCCACAACUCACCACAGGAACAUCGGCAACAAAGAAGCUCGGGACAACAACAACAACAACUCAGACCAUGAAACCACCUGCAAUCGCAGAGACAACAGUGUCACCACCUGCAGAAGAGUUCCUAACAAAGUGGACUCAACAUCUAAUGUCCACCCUGCAACCAUCAGCAACAAGACUUCACGCCAAUAAACAGGAAGCACUGAGCAGUUCCCCGAAUUCAGCAGGAACGGAGAAUGUAAGUAACGCAAUCAGAACCUCUCACUACAAAGUCAUGAAUCUUGGACAAACUGUCUCUUCCAAACCUGCAAGUCUCACAGAAAAACACAGCGAAAAUCCAGAAACAGGAACAAGAUCUGGUGUUUUUACCACGGGACUCAAAACUGAAGAUCUCACGAGUCAGGACAGAGUUCAUACUGGACACGCAAUGGAUGUAAACCACUGGGAAAGUGGAACAUCCAUCCAGACAGAUCGCCCUAUCCAAACAACCUUCUCCCAAACAAGUCACGAACCCAGCACAGUCCAGCACAUAAGUGCUGUACCUUCUUCAAAGCAUGACUUGGACAGCGAAAUUACCACAGGAUAUUUCAUUACCACACCCAAGACAGCCAUUGUGACACAAGUGACACCCAACAAUGGAAAAAACAUAUCUAUGCACAAUACAGAGGGACCCCUGGUGUCCAGCACAAGUUCGAAUAUGGUGUCUCCGGACACUGACACUAAUCAGGAGAGAGCGGAAUGGAUGGAAAAUGUCACCACAACCCAAAGAAAUAUGUACAAUGUCACAAACACCAUUUGGAUGGACAGGGUGCCAACCCAGAGGAGUGAAGGAAGCUACAGUUUCACAACAGAGCAACAAGGUCACACCACAGCAAAUGACAACACAACACAAAUUGAGCUGGACACAUACGUUGGAAACCACACAACAUCAGGAAACAGCACAGUUGGGUACAUGAAGACUGAGCAUGGCCAGCACAGUCAAGCUACAACAGGACAUUACAUCACAACAAGUAUGACACCAGCCACGUCUUCAGAUGGUAAAAACAUAUCCACAGAGAAUACAGAGGGACCUCUAGUGUCCAGCACAAGUGGAAACACAGUUUCAGCAGCAUCCUCAACAGAAAACCAGGAAUGGACAGAAAAUGUCACCAAAAUUCAAAAAACUAGUACAUACACCACUAGUACAUACAGCAGGACCAGAACAGAGACCACUGACAAACGCAGCGACUCUGUCUGGAGCACUUCUCCGGCCAUCACCUUGACAUCUAACAGCACAGAGGCUGUAACAACAACGAACCAGUCCAGAGAGGCUGAAUGGGCAGCGUGGCCGAACUGUUUCAAUAAAGACUCUUCAUCUCAGACUCAGCAACCAUCUAAGCUGGUCUGUUUCAUCACAAUGUGGAGUCUGGGCAUGGCUGCUUCUAUCUUUCUAGGCCUCACUAUAUUCCUAUGGGCACGUCUGUCUGUAGUGAAAAAGAGGGCAAAACGAAGAGGACGGAAGGACAGAGGAGGAAAGAGGUCUUCAAGGAAAGAGAGAGAGAGCUUGUGGGCGACAGACGGAGCGUCCACAGAUGAAAGAGUGGAAUUCUGGUACGCCAACGGAUCUACGCUGGAGGCAGACAAGAAAGGGAAGGUGCAGGAGAAAGAGAACAGGAAAAAGAGGAAGGGCGGGAAACAGAAAGAAGGGAACACGGAGGACAUGUGGAUACAGCCUAAGGUGACGCUGCAGGACAUAACUGAGUUCUGGUACGCAAACGGACGAGUGAGAAACGAGGAGAGACUGGAGAGACAGCGGGAAAUUAGUGGACAAUAAGACAAGAAUGGAUCUACAAAGACUGAGAGUGUGUGUUUGUUUGUGUGGGAGAAAGAGAGAAAUCUCAAAAUUCAUGUAUAACUUAUAAAUUUUCAUUCACAAACUAGAUUUUAUUUUAUUAGAUUUUAUUAAUGUAUUAAUAGAACAGGCUAACAUUUUUCCAAAUAAUCUGCUGAAUCUGUAGCAUAUGGUUGGUUACCAUGGACAAUAAUAUCCCUGCAUUUAGAAAAGAACUGGAAAGACACUUAUAAUAGAAGCUCUUGUCCACUGGCUUCUAUUAUAAAUGUGUUUUGAGUCAAAGGGGUUCUAAAGACUAACAAAUCCACUAGAUAUUGCAGUGGCCAGCAGUCGUCUAGGGAAAAAUGGUAGUGAACAGGCUGGAGAGGAAAACAGAAAGUACUUGAUUACCGUGGAAAUACCAUAUGAAAUGAAACCAAUUCCACUGCAAGAUUUGUAAGACUGUGCUAAAGUAGAGGCUAGUAAGCAGGUUUGGAGAACCCCUGUCUCUGAAAAGGCCCUUUGACUGACAUAUUAAACAACUGAUCACAGAUGUUUAGUGCAACAUGCCAGUAACAAAACCAAAUUCACAUUAAAUGAAGCGUUACACCAGUCUACCCACGCAUGAGAACAUCUCUUUUACUCGCUAAUAACGGCUUCAAAAUAAAAUUCAGGGAACAUUUUAAAACGGGAUAGCAUCAAAGGCUCGCCGGUGCGCAGAGACGACAACUGACCGCUACCAGCCUUCAGCUUGAUAAACAAACGUCUGUUUCCCAUCAGACUGAUGAAACCAGUGCAGGUUAACCAGAGUCAGUUUAAAUCCCCAUGGGAGGCAAGAUUCUGUAAACUGUGGUGAUUCAGCUGGCAGUUCACAUCAGACAGUCUGUGAACUUCUGCAGAAAGAGUCCCUGAGGGUGAAACUUACUAAAGUACAGCAAAAAAAAAAAACACUUCUGCACUGAAUCUCACGCGUGAUCUGUUUUACUAUGGACUAGUCGACUACUUUUUUCAAUGACUAGUCAAGAAGUAAAAUGAAUAGUCAUGCAACCCCUAUUCUGUCGAAAUGAAUCAGAAUUACUGGUCAUGCUAAUUAACCAUAUGCUAAGAUGCCUCGGACAGACUUUACAUUAAAAAGGCUAAAGCUCUUCUUUACAGUACAAUGUUAACAUUUGUGGCUGAUUACAGACUAAGGUGUAUUAUUCAAUAAGUACAGGGACUUCAAUGCAAACUGGUUGAGCUACUCUUAUAUAGAAGUAUGUAAUAAAACUUUGGGCCUGCUGGCGGGCCCUGGCAUAUGUAAGGGGUUAAACAUAUCUGAGUGUCUUCUUACCAAGAAAAUAUUUAGCUACUGUUUGUGUUAACAUAAUGACACCUAAACAAAGAUGUGCUGUAAUACAUAUCAUACACAACUGGGUUGAAAAAGUGUCAUUUUUAAAAAUGUACGUAUAUCAACUUGAGUACUUUAUUUGGUUUAAUAAAUUGAAUAUAAACAGAA